AUGAACACAGCGACAUUACCUUCGAAAAUCUUAUUUGAAGUUUCCAAGCUCGGAGUCAAUAGCAAUUUGAAAGACUUAAAAGCAAAUAUUUUCGAUAAAAUGCUGUCAGAUGAAAUGCUAUCAAUAAAACAACAAAUAUUUGAAAGAAAUUCGACACCGUCCACAGUACAAAUUAGCAGCAAACGAUAUGUUCCUACACCAAUACUCGAACUACAACAGCGAUGGCCGAUAGAUAGAAUACAAUCUAACAAGGAAAAGAAGUUAGAUUUUGAAAAGCACAUGAAAAGAAUAGACGAAACUGCAGAUACAGAAGAAAGUAACGAACAAGAAGUGUCUAAAUGUAAAUCAAAUUGUACAAGUGAGAGAGUACUCGAGCUACGAAGUCUUUCCGAUAAAUUACAUAAAAUAGACAUACCCACUAAAUAUCCACGUUUAUCGAAGCAAUGCACAUGUACGAACGGUGCCGAGCACUCUCAUACAUCUGUACAUAAGCAUACCAAGCACACUCUAGGUUUCAAAAAACCAGAAGAACAAAAUUCUAGGAAUCCUAAUGAAUGCACCAGAUCCACUUCAACAGUCCCUCCAAUAACAUAUCCUUUUUAUAUUACGUAUUCACCCUACUUUGUUGGAACCGUGGCAGACUAUACAAACUUUUACUAUCAUCCGGAUGCAAUAAGUGAUUUAAAAAUACCCAAACAUCAUAAAAAUAGAAAACACAAAAAGCCUGCAUCCGAAGAAAUUGAUAAUAGUUUAGAGAACGACAGGGAUUAUGUUUAUGACGAAUAUGAUGAAUAUACCAAAAGUACAAGAAGACACAGAGAUAAAACGAAACCUGAUGAUAACUUUAACAUUAUCGUUCAUCCUACAAAUGAACCAGAUAGUUUAAAUAAUAGAGAAAAAUUUCAGGUCGUAGAAAAAGAUAAAUUCGUCGAAGAAAUAGUAGAAGAUUUGAAAAUGUAUUAUAACGAAGCAGUCAUUAAAGAUUGUUAUUGUUCAUCGACUACAUUCAAAAUAGGUUUACAAAUAAUUAUAUUUGUUUAUCUAUUGCAAUUUUUAAUAUAA